UCUAGCUCCGAAAUUAAAUGAGGUUCAACUAUAGUGAGCAUACAUACCUCUCUCUCCUCUCGUUUUCUUCCUUAACUAGGCUCAUUGAUUUGACACAGUCCCAGAAAACCAGGUUAUAAGCUUCAGGAGUAGAAGAAGAAGAAGAAGAAUGUGUCCAAAGAGAUCAAUUAAGAUGGAAGAGCAUGGAGUUACAAGUCUUGUAGUGUUGGGAGUUAUAUCAUGGACAACAGCAUUUCUAUUCAUCAGAAAAAUGUGUCCAAAGAGAUCAUUCGGAUUCUGCAACCGCCUUGUUUCGACAAUCCAUGCAACAAUUGCUGUAACCCUAGCUUCACUCUCCGUGGAAUACUGGAGCUGCCCAGUUUGUCCUCUGGCUGCUCAGUCUUCUCCUCAGCAGAUGAAGGCACUAGCAGUGAGCCUUUCCUAUCUCAUCUAUGACCUCAUCUGUUGCCUCUUUGACAAGCAAAUCAGUCUUGACAAUUUCUUCCACCAUCUGGUGAGCAUUGUUGGAAUUGGAGCAGGCCUUUCAUACCGAAGGUGUGGAUCAGAGAUGGUAGCAGCACUGUGGAUAACGGAGGUCUCUAGUCCUUUCCUCCACUUGAGGGAGAUUCUCAAAGAGCUUGGUUACAGGGACACUGAUAUAAACUUAGCAGCAGAUAUUUUAUUUGCAGCUAUAUUCUCCGUUGCAAGGAUGGGAGUCGGACCUUAUCUCACCUAUGUAACACUAUCUGCUCACAAUCCUUUGCUCAUUAAGGGAAUGGCUGCUGGACUGCAGCUGGUGAGUGUUUUCUGGUUCUACAAGAUUGCACGAAUGGUGAUAUAUAAAUUGACCAAGAGGACUACUACUGCAACGAAGAAGACUGACAUCAAUCAUAAUGGUGAAAAUUGAAUGACUGAG